UCUAAAGACGUUUCGUCACUUGGAUCUGCUCAGGGUCAAUCAGGAGCAAUCGAAAAGACCUAUCACUGGAUCAAACAGAUGACAGACCUUCUGAAUCGAUUCAUAGAUACCCUUUCACAAGUACUGGAGCCAUGGACCUGGUUUGCGGACGGGGGUAUCUCGCACUUUGCAAAUGGUGCAUCUAACAAACUGAAACUAUCCAUCCACAACAUCAACACGGUUAUGGAAACAGAUCUCCACAAAGUCUUGACCGAGCUGGACAGGCUUCGGGGUCGGUUAGACCGGUUCAGAGCUGAGCCAGAACUACAUCUGCAAGUUGCAGGUAAUCGAGCCAUUGUUUUGCAGUACUGGAACAUAAAUAUUCUCCACUUCAUAUCGCCUGUAGCUCUAUCUUCUGGCAUAAUGCAAUCAGGAAUCAUUGUAUUUCAGCCAGCACCGGUGUGUUUCAUCAUUCUGUCGGUCAUCUCAUAUCGUCAGCUCCCAGCGCAGGGCUUCAGCGUACGUGUGCCCUCGAUAGAUAUCAUCGAUGGUACGCCGGCAGCUGCACGAUAGGAACCUAUCUUGGCACUACCCCUACCUACCUUCUCCAGGCUGGAAACUAGA